AAUCUAGUUUCGUUUUCACUAGUAACUGAAGAUGGGUUCGUUGUUCCGGAGCGAAGAAAUGCAACUGUCUCAGAUGUUUCUGCACACAGACAUAGCCUACAUGUGCAUAUCCGAGUUAGGGGAGUUGGGACUGGUGCAAUUUCGAGAUACCGUCCCAGGUACCAACGCCUUCCAGAGAAAAUUUGUAAAUGAAGUUCGAAGAUGUGAUGAAAUGGAGCGAAAACUAAGAUUCCUGGAGAAGGAGAUCGAAAAAGAUAAAUUUCCCAUAUUGGACACUGGCGAAAAUCCAGAAGCUCCGGCCCCACGUGAAAUUAUCGACUUAGAAAGUAUUUUUGAAAAAUUAGAGAACGAGCUGAAAGAAGUGAACUCAAGCGCAGAAAAGCUAAAGAAGACGUACCUGGAAUUGUCUGAACUGAAGCAGAUUUUGCGCAAAACGCAGACAUUUUUUGACGAAGUAAGUUUUUAUUUUUUCGUACGAGUUAAUGUGUCGCCUUCAAACUGAUUUACAACGUACAUUCGAUAAGUCAGAUGUUGCGUUAUAGUUCGGUAAUGUGUUUUAGUAAAUACGUUAAGUUAUGGUCUAUCAGGCUCGAUGAACAUAAAAUAUUAUGGUUAACGUAAGUGAUGGUGGUAUAGUCCACUCAUAUUCAUACGACUAAGAAUAAUUUCAAGUUUUAUCUAAACAUGGUAUUGUCAGACUAACCUCUAUUUCUUCCCGGCCUGGCGAUUUGAUGAGUUUACGCGUAAUACUCAUAUCAUUUGCUAGUCCUACUUCAUUGUGGGUAACAGAUUGAACUAACCAACUGGUUAUUCAUCACCUGUCGAUUAACUAUAAGCUUUUUUCGGCAUUUAUGAUCAUAAGUUUAGUUAAUAGGGUAGGCCUGUCCUACUUCCAUUAAUCUAAGUGUUAGUUCUCAUGCAUUUGUCCGUACAGUGCAGAUAUCUGAAAAUUAGGAAUGUUUAAACUUUCUUUUGAUCCGUAACUCGUUCAUCACAGUUUUUUGAAGUGUAUUGUGGGGAGUUCUCCAUGACUUCACUAGUUCCUUUCCUAACUUAUCGUGCUAGUUUUUAAGUUUUGGAAUGGUUCACCUUUCCGUUUUCCAUUCGUUACUGGUGACAAACUAUGGUAAUCGGUUUUAUCAACUUUAUUUCCGAUUAGCUAAUAAGAUAGACUAUUUAGCACAUUAAAUCAGCUUACAAACAGCGACUUAUAAUGGUAAUGGUAAAUCAGUUUACAAGGGAAGCUGAAUGUUCAUUUUGCCAAAGUAGAAAAAUGUAACAAGUGGUGAAAGUACUAGAAUUUCACACGGUUGGCUGCAGAAUCCAACUGCAUUUCAGUUGUCUAAGUAAUCUCUGGCAAUCUAUAGUACACAUUGUUGUGGCUUAUUUCUUUUCAUUCAGUUAACUAAAAUUUAUUAAGUCAGAAAGCCUGACUGCUCAUUAUCAAUGAAGACUUCAUUGGUAUACUUCAAGUUACACAGUUGUCGAUAGCUGUUAUCGGGAUAUAGAUUGGAUUAAAACAUAUCCUGUAUAGUACUGUAAUGGGGCACUCUGGUUGGUUUUUUCCUAACUAACCAAUGCUAGCGGAGACUCGGAGAAAACUCUAGAAUCUUAUGUAAAAAUCUUAAAUAUACUGACGCUUUUCUUGCCGUGAUUCCUACUUCCAUCCAACUUUUUUAUUUGGAGUUUAAUUACGUUCCUGUUCAACCAUGCUCGGAUUUGGGGACUUGUCAAGUAGUGUCUGAGAAUAUUUAGCAAUAAGAGUGGUUGGGUCGAAAUAAGAGAAAUUAUGACGGUAGUUAUGCAGGUUUUGGGUCGAACUCUGUAUAGGACGGUAACGUUGAACUACAGUGUUCUUACGCUAUACCUGCCAUGAUGACAAUCUAGCGAUUGCUCGUUUAUAACUGAAGAAAGUAAGCAAUAUCUGUUGAAGGUUGUAAUGGUUAAGAAUGUCAGGCCUGAGUUUAGCACAGACUACCAAUUAUGGUUUCAAACUAAAACCGUGUGGUAUCCUUAAUUGUCACACAGUUGAUCGCCUUUGCGGCGUUGUUGAGCGUGACUAAAUUGUUACGGUUACCAUUCACACUCAGGCGUAGGCUACCUUAGACAUCGGCAGGUUGUCCGUUGCUCUUUUCCUUGUAUUGCAUGUGGUUAUACCUAAUUGCCUCAGCCGUUGUCUGGUCCUUUUGUCGGUUUGUCCGACUUCGGUGUUGUACUGCUGUGAAUAAAUUAGUGCCAAGAUUUACCGAUUGAACGUCUGACCAUACCUUCCAAUGAUUUGCCCCUUCGUCGACUGAAUCGCGAACAGGCUCUGCACGAUCCUGCAAUGUCAGAAGAAAAUGUUGGACUCCUUGGUGGUGAAGCAAUGGGUGCUGCUGGCACUGCUGGUGGAUUACGACUGGGGUUUCUUGCUGGGAUUAUCCUUCGUGAACGGUUACCGGCUUUUGAGCGUAUGCUGUGGCGGGUGUGUCGAGGAAAUGUUUUCCUUAAGCAAGCAGAAGUUGAUGACCCAUUAGAAGAUCUAACAACGGGUAUGCCAGUCCACAAAUCCGUAUUCUUGGUAUUCUUUCAGGGUGAUCAGCUUCGAACUCGUGUUAAAAAGAUAUGCGACGGAUUCCAUGCAACGCUAUAUCCUUGCCCAGAUUCGCAAGCUGAUCGACGUAAUAUGGCCAUUGAAGUGAUGGGUCAGAUCCAAGAUUUAGAAACAGUGCUAACGCAAACUAGGCAGCAUCGUCAACGUAUUUUAGAAACGGCCGCUAAAAAUUUACGUACCUGGUUUAUAAGGGUUAGGAAAAUCAAGGCUAUCUAUCAUACUUUAAAUUUGUUCAACCUUGAUGUAACUACGAAAUGUAUGGUUGGGGAAUGCUGGUGUGCAGUGAAUGAUGUGGACAAAAUUAAUUUAGCUCUACGUCGUGGUAUGGAACGCAGCAAUAGUACUCUACAGCCGAUUUUAAAUGGAAUAGUAACUACGGAAAAUCCUCCGACAUACCAUCGAACAAAUAAAUUCACCUAUGCUUUUCAAAGCAUCAUUGAUGCUUACGGAGUCGCACGUUAUCGAGAAGUCAAUCCAGCUCUGUUCACAGUUAUCACAUUCCCAUUCCUGUUUGCUGUAAUGUUUGGAGAUGCUGGUCAUGGAUUGCUUAUGUUUCUUUUCGCUUUGUGGAUGGUUGUAUGUGAGCGAAAAUUAAGCGCUAAUAAGUCCGGAGGUGAGAUUUGGAAUAUAUUUUUCAAUGGUCGUUAUAUUAUACUUCUUAUGGGUUUGUUUUCAAUUUAUACUGGAUUGAUAUACAACGACAUAUUCUCUCUAUCUGCCAACAUUUUCGGGUCCUCAUGGUAUCCAACUUAUGAUAAUAGUGCUUUAUCAAAGGAAGUUAGACUCCAAUUAGAACCUCGAACAAGCGUUAAUGUGUCGGACCGAAUGUAUGCUGGAUAUCCUUAUCCUUUUGGUUUAGAUCCUGUAUGGCAGUUAUCUGGUAAUAAAAUCAUGUUGACAAAUUCGAUCAAGAUGAAGAUGUCUGUCGUACUGGGAGUAUUACACAUGCUAUUGGGCAUUAGUUUAGGUGCUUUCAAUUACAGAAAUAAUAAAGAUAACUUAUCGAUUUGGUGCUUACUGCUUCCUCAAAUCCUUUUCCUGUCAUGCAUCUUCCUCUAUUUGGUGAUAUUAAUCUUUUUCAAAUGGGUUGCGUAUACGGCGGAAACGGCAUCCUCUGCACCAAGUCUUCUUAUUGGAUUGAUCAAUAUGAUCCGUUUCAGUUAUUCGGAUGAAAUUCCUCCUUUGUAUUCUGGACAGAAAGCUGUUCAAAGUAUAUUGAUGGUUAUUGCAGUUAUAUGUGUUCCUUGGAUGUUGUUGUCUAAACCCUUAAUUUUGUAUAUGCGUCAUCGUGCCAUCAUGAAGAAUAGACAUUAUGUGGAUCCUGAUGCAAGUGUGCAUGUGGUCAUUGGUGGUGUAACAAAUCCAAAUAUGGAUGAUAGUUUCAUUGGUGAUAAUAAUGGUAUUAUGUACAGUGACAUGUCUCCACUACAUAGAUCGUCAUCUGAAAAACGUUCUAAGGUUUCAUUAAUUAGUCGAACAGAUUCACCAAGUAGUCAUGAAGUUCAUAAGUUUGAUUUCGGAGAUAUAAUGGUUCAUCAAAGCAUUCACACGAUUGAGUUUUGCUUAGGUUGCAUUUCCAACACAGCUUCUUACCUUCGACUAUGGGCUUUGAGUUUAGCACAUGCGCAAUUAUCGGAAGUCCUUUGGAGUAUGGUUAUGAGAAUGGGUUUACGUAUAUCUGGUCUAUAUGGCGGUGUUGUGUUAGCAUUUAUUUUCGCAUUCUGGGCUGUGCUAACCGUUAGUAUUCUUUUGUGCAUGGAAGGAUUAUCUGCUUUUCUCCAUACACUUCGUCUCCACUGGGUGGAAUUUCAAAAUAAAUUCUACAGUGGUGAUGGUUAUCCUUUCGUUCCAUUCUCCUUCGAACAUUCCAGCAGUGUAGUCGACAAUUAAAAUUAGAUUUUAUUAUUUUGCUAUGUUGUGUGUGUUCACUUAAAUGUAUCUUCAUAAAUGUUGUGAUUAUUCUUUUAAACUGCUAUAAUCAUUUCAUCUACUGGACAGUCCAGGUAAUUUAGUACUUAUUACUUAUUUAUUUAACCCUUAAGUCAUCAUCUACUUAACCGAUUUUAUUAUCCUUGAUCAUUACACAUUGACUGGGUUCGUUUCAUAUUUAUUAAUUUUUAUGUUGUUAGAUCUACUAAUAAAGCUGUUCAAAUCCACUUUCACAUUUUAAGAUAUUGCUUUAUCACUGAGAGUUAUUUUUUGUUUUAUUUGAACAAACUGUAGACCCAAAAAAUGGUUAGCUCAAUUCAGAUUUAGGAUGGUCCAGUCCAUUAUAUACUAAAUAUACUCAAUUUUAAUUGUAACAUUUCGAUAAUGAGCGUCCGGAAAUUAACAGGUACAAUUUCAAAGUCUCCACUACCUAGUCUUACUGAUACGUCUUUGUUAUACGUAGUGAUUUUCGGGUGCUGUAACCUUCAGACUUUCAGAAACAAUAGAAACCAAGACAAUAUAGUAUCUAACUGUUUAGAGUCAAACUAUGAAUAAAUCAAGUUCAAAUAUGUACCAAAAAAUUAUUAAGAAGGACGGUAUUGAUAAUCGUAGUUUUCAGCUUGUUAGGUGCCUCUAUAUUCUCUCGACAGUAAAAACGUUCUUUCCACAGGCAAAUACCCACAAUCCAUACGCAAAUGGAAAUUUUAAUUGAUCGAACAACAAACAAAAAUGAAAAGCCCAUAGUAGCCAUUUUGAACUGCUUGAUUGUUAGAAC